GUUAGAUUGUAAAACAAAUAGUUCGAAUUUUAGUUAAUUGGUAAACUAGUUAAUUUGAAAUUAAUUGCUUAAUUGUUAUUCGAAUUUAAUAUUUUUUAUAUUUUUAAUAUGGAGCGUAGUAGAGCUUCUGUAGAUAUGGGUAACCUCCGCCGCAACCGAACAAAGGAGAUUGUGAGGAAUCAUUCAAGGUCACGCAAAGGUAAGAGAAGGCCGAGGUCUUCAUCUCAAACCCGAGAUGAUUUUGAUGCGGAUUACAACCAAAGAUAUGGGGAUGCGAUGUCCGAUGAGCAACUAGAACAACUAUUGCAACAAAAUCAAUGGUUUUUUUCAUCAACAAGACAUCCCGCAAACCAUUGACGAAGAAGAGCUUGAGGAGGAUGAUGCAGAGGAGAGGGAUCCGCGAACGGUUGAGGACGAGGUUCAUGGCACACCGGAUGAUGAAGAAGAGGAAGCGGAAGUGGCUACUUCUUCCCAAGCCGGUGGGAAAUCUGAAUCUGUCUUUAAGGGUACAGGAGCGCCACAAUGCAUCUUAAGGCCAAGUACCCGGCGGAAUAUGUGAAAUCGGACAAAGGUAAGGGAAGACAAACACAAAUUUCAAGGUUUGCAACUGGCCAACCCUUUGAUAAUUUCUCCUAUGAUGAUCAAAGACAUUUGACUGAUGGAGCGUGGUAGACAUUCUGUAGAUGUGGGUAAUCUCCAACGCAAUCGCAAGAGGGAGAUUGCACCGACUCGAUCUACUUCAUGCAAAGGCAAAGGUAAAGCGCGGGCCGAGUCUUCUUUUCAAAGUCGAGAUGAUUUUGAAACGGAUUACCAACGGCGAGAUGAUAUGAUGAUGUCCGACGAGCAACUACAACACCUAUUGUCCCAAAAUGAUCCACGUUUUGCACAAGAACAACAAUUCCCGACAACCAUCGAUGAAGAGGAGCUCGAGGAUGACGAUGCGGAGGAGGACACGGGGGGCGACGGGACUCCGGAUGAUGAGCAAGAGUUGGAGGACGAGGGCCGUUCAACGACUACAACCCAAAUUGGUAAGAAAUAUAAAUCUCCUAUUAUUGAAAACAAUUGUACAAUUAUACUUGAAACAUUUUUUAAAUUCAUCCUAAUUCUCAAUUGUACUUCUUAUUUGAAAUAAAUAUACUUGAAUUCGAAUAUAAUAUAUUGUAAUUGUAAUAAGAAUUAUUCUAAUAAUAUAAUAUAUAAUAUAUAAUAAUAAUAAAAAAAUUAAAAGGCCCGGCCCGUGAACCGGGCGGGUGACCCGAACCGAACCGGACCCGGGGUUAUCCGGGCCGGUUCCGGACCUGCCUUCCGUGAACCGAGGCCCGGCCGGUUCUAGGCCCGAACCGGGCCCGGCCCGAACCGAGUCCACCACUAGAUGCCGCUUACGUUAGUUAUUUUUGUGACUUCAUGAAACAUAAGUUUUUAAAAUAUUAUUCCUAUAUUCCGCAUAUAUAUAGUAUUGCAUUUAUUCUUGAUCCUCGUUUUAGACUUGCUGCUUUGGAGCAAUGUUUAGAUUACUAUUAUGCUUCUUUUUUUGGUCCAUUGCCUAUGUACGACGACAAGGCUAUAAUCCCGAAACAACAAUUUCAAGAGGUUAGUAAUUUAUUAUAUCAAUUAUUUAAUGAGUUUCAUGCACAAUAUGGUAACGCAUCCCCUCCCCCGCCACGAACAUCUUCUUCAUCUAAAGGAAAAUCAAUUUUGAAAUCUGCAUUUGGCAAUCUUAUGAAAAAAAGCAAAUCAACUCCGGUUAAUGAACAAAGCUCGAUCAACGAGCUUUCUUUGUAUCUAACAUUUCUUGUUGAGUAUGAAGAAGGGGAUGACUUUGACGUUUUUCAGUGGUGGAAGGAAAAAGAGAGAACGUUCCCGAUCUUAUCAAAGAUGGCUAAGCAAGUGCUAGCAAUACUCGUAUCAACAGUUGCUGUGGAACAAGAGUUUAGUGCGGCCGGCAACGUCCUAACGGAUUAUAGAACGAGAUUGAGCGCAAACUCUCUUGAGACGCCUGUUUGCUUCCACGAUUGGUUGAAGGCCAAACGUAGAACUCAAGAAAUUAGCAUUGAACCCACCCGCCACUUUAUGGAAGAAACAACUGAAGAUGACGGAAAUUCUGAUUGAUUAUUAUUUUUAAAAAAGUGUAUUUCAUGUUGUAAUUUUUGUUCAAUUUCUAAUUGUACUACAUGUUUCAAAUUAAUACAGUUUAAAUUUUU